AUGAAAUGUUUAUUGUUCGUUUUCUUCCAAUUAUUUUAUUCUUCGUUUUCUUUUUUCUGUGAAAAAGGCAAUUAUUUGGGAGCAGACAACGAGUGCCAUUGUUGUGUGGAAGGGUCUUAUUCCCCGGGUGGAUCAAGUCGUGAGUGUUAUAUGUGUGACAGGGGAUUAAUGUCUUUAGAUUGUUCGGGAGAAUGUACAAACUGUCUUGCUGGGUUUCAAGCAGUAGAUAAUAGUUGUACUGAAUGUAGUCCAGGAACUUACAAAAACCCAGAAAUGACGUUCUGUGCUUUGUGUCCAGCGAAUACAUAUUCUUCUUUUAAAGCAGCAAAAUCUUGUACUGCCUGUCCUUCUGGAACCAUUUCAUCUCGGGGAGCAACAAUAUGUCAUUCUUGUCCAACUGGUCAAUACGUUUCAUCUUCGACUUGUAUUUCAUGUCCAGCUGGAACUUAUUCUUCAACAAAAAAUGCUAAUACAUGUUCAAAAUGUCCAUCGGGUACGUUUUCUUAUACAGGAGCUUCUGUUUGUUCUGCUUGUGAUGCAGGUUAUUACUCACCCGAGGGAUCUUCUUCGUGUUCAGUGUGCGCCAGUGGAUCAAUUCCGAAUUCCCUGAAGAGUGGUUGUGAUCAAUGUCAAGCGGGAACUUAUGCUGUUUCAAAUGCAAUCAGUUGUACUUCGUGUUCGGCUGGAACGUACUCGGCAAAUGGAGCAUCAAGUUGUACAGCUUGUUCUGCUGGCCAAUACGCUCCGUCUUCAAAUUCAGUCAGCUGCUUUAAAUGUCCUGCUGGAACAUUUUCUAAUGCAGGAGCUACGAAAUGCACAUCUUGUGGCACCAACACGUGCAGUUUUUCUGGAGCAAGUGUAUGUUCUUCAUGUACAUCUUCUUCGUGUUCUUCUUGUUCGUCUUCUUGUACUUGUACAUCAUGUAAACCUGGGUAUUCAUAUCCCAAUUGUUUUAUAUGUCAAGCUGGUUAUUACUCAAGUGGCGGAACUCUAUCUUGUUCUGCGUGCACCGGAAAUACAUACUCCAAUGAAGGUGCUUCAUCGUGUAGGAAUUGUGAUUCUUCUUGCGCAAGUUGUUACAACACAAAUGGAAAUUGCAAAACGUGUCACUCGGGUCACGUUUUAGUGGGAGGUUCUUGUUCGAUUUGUUCUGCAGGAACUUACACGAAUGGAGGGGUUUGUUCACAAUGUCCUGAUAUGACUUACUCUUCAAGUGGCUCAGUUAAUUGUUUAAAAUGUGACACCAUGUGUAAGACGUGUGACAAAACAAAUGGACAUUGCACUUCUUGUAAUAAUGGAUAUGGUAUUUCAGGAAGUAGUUGUGUUGUUUGUCAAGCUGGAUAUUACAGUUCUGGUAGCAAAUGUGUUGGAUGUCCAAUCGGAAAAUACAAUGAUCAAUUACAACAAACUUCGUGUUUGGACUGUCCAUCCUUUUAUUUUACCAAAUCAACAACAUCAGUUGAGUGUCAAAGAUGUGAUUAUAAUUGUGAAACUCCGUGUGAAAAAACUACUGGAAAGUGUUCCAAGUGUAUUAGUGGAUAUGUCAUUGUUAAUGGAUAUUGUCAGACGUGUCCGUCUGGUACAAAAAGUAAUUCAGAUACAACAAAAUGCGAUAAUUGUCCUGCAGGCUAUUAUUCCAAAGAAAAGAGUUCAAGUUGCACUGAAUGUAAAAUUGGAGAAUAUGCAUUCGAAAAAUCAUCUUCGUGUAUUCCAUGCAGUUCUCUAUGUAUUGGAUGUUACUCAACAAAUGGUAAAUGCAAACAAUGUAUCGAUGGGUAUGGUCUUUCAUCGUCUGGAAAAUGUGAAAUAUGUGGAAUUGGGUUUUACUCUCAAAAUUCAAAAUGUGUUUCUUGUUCAGAUAUGACAUACCAAGAUGUAGAAGGUAAAACUUCUUGUAAAGCAUGUUCAACAUCGUGUUCUUCUUGUCAAGCUACAUAUGGGAAGUGUUUGAGAUGUUCUGCUGGGUAUGGUUAUGUUUCUUCUCUUCAACUUUGUAAUGAAUGUGGAGCAAUGACAUAUUCUAAAGGUGGAAUUAGCAGUUGUUUACCAUGUGAAAGUGUUUGUACUGGGUGUUAUAAAGAGAGUGGUUAUUGUUCAUCUUGCACUUCUGGAUAUAAAUAUGUAUCCAACAUGUGUAUUUCUUGUUCUUCAACGAGUCAUUGUAUUUCUUGUAAUACACAGAGUGAUGAAAAUGAAGCUUUAUGGAAGUGUGCAGAGUGUUCUGAUGGGUAUUAUUUAGAAAACGGAGAUUGUUAUUUAUGUAAUACAAUCGAUCCUCAAUGUGACACCUGUUCGAGCAAAAGUAAAAUAUGUAAAACCUGUAAAACCGAUUAUAUUGUUAAUAAUAAUCAAUGCCAACAAUGCCCCGAAGGAGAAGUAAAGAACGAUGAAAAAACAUGCAUUAAAUCUUAUGAGUCGAUUUUCUAUUGUCAAAAGGCUGUUUACGAAGAUAUGACCCAGAAGUGUGUGCAGUGUUUCCAACCUUAUGUUUUAUCAAAUGAUUCAAAAAGAUGUUUGUUGGGAAAUGUAGACUACAAACAUUACGACUUGAACACUAAAACAUCCAAAAACAACAUGGAAAAUUGUAUAACACAGGUUGUUAAUAUUUGUUUUGAAUGUAACAGUACAAUUUUAAUUGAAGGAAAGUGUGUAAAGCCCGAUAGUCAAUGUGAGACAUUUAAAAUAAGUAAUUGCGAAAAGUGUUCAACGGACGUAAUCACUUCUGUAAAUGACUGCAAUUUAAACGAUAAUUGUAAAUAUCAGUUAACUUCAAAAAAUGAGCAAAAAACGAAUUGCCUUCAAUGUAUAGAUGACAUUUCUUGUGGUAAUGCCAACACAAAUUGUGAAAUAUCAAAAAACUCAUUUUGUUAUAAAACAAAGAAAGGAUUUUUAAAUGAUGGGAAAAUGAUAACAAAUUGUAAUAGUGGAAGCUUGUGUUUAUUUACAAAUGGACAAGAAGUUGAUUAUGAAUGUGCAUUGCCACAAAUACUGUCCGACCAAAUGAAGUGUUUUGUUGAUCAAAAUUGCAUUAAAGAAAAUGGCAAUCAAUGUGUGAAGUGUUCUGAAAAUCACCAUAUCAUAAAUGGGGGUUGUGUGUUAAACGAGAUGAGCUGUUUAAUUCAAAACCAAGAAAUUUGUCUUUUGUGUAACAACACUAUCAACAACAAUGGGAUAUGCAUAGACUCUUCGACCAUCAAUUGCGAUAAUUAUGAUAGUACUUGUAAUAAAUGUGAGGAUGGAUUUUACAAGUCGACUGACAAAUGCCUGAAUAUUACAGCCGACUUUCCAAAUUGUGAAAAGAUGAGUUCGAAUAUUCUUGGAUGUGCGGAAUGUAUUACCAAUUUUUAUUUAAAUGAACACAACAAAUGCAAUCAACUCGAAAUUGUCAAGACAACAAAAAACACCAAAAUAAUAAAAACAAAUUCAGAGAAUGAAGAUGUUUCAAAUUGCAUCGAAAAGACAACGAAAGGAUGUGUUCGUUGCUCUGAUACAUAUUACCUUCAAGACUACAAAUGUAUUAAAUGUGAGUAUCCAUGUGUGAAAUGUAAGAACUUAACAUAUUGUACUGGAUGUGAUGCUUAUUCGUACACAAACAACAAAGGCGAUUGUAUUGAAAUUAACGAUUUACUCUCAAAGUGUGAUUUGGUGAUGGCAACAUACACUGGGUGUGUUGUUUGCAAAGAUGGAUAUAUGCGGUCUUCUGAUGGGAAGGCUUGUGAGAAAUGCGAUGUUUCUUGUAAAACGUGUACAAAUGAUGGCAAUUGCAUUUUAUGUGAAAAUGAAUAUUACAGAACUCUACAAAAUAGCACAAAAUAUUGUAACCCUCAAAGUGAGUUAUUUGGAUGCCAGAACAAGACAACGGAAGGGUGUUCUGAAUGUGAAAAUGGUUUUUAUUUGGAUUCUCAUUUAUGUUAUAAGUGCAGAGAUAAUUGUACUUUGUGUAGUUCAAAUGAUUUGUGUUAUAAUUGUUCUGAAAACCACAUUCUUACUAGUGGAAGUUGUAUUCAUUAUUCAGAAGUUCCCAAUUGUGUUGCGUCAUUAGACAACAAAUGUUCAUCUUGUUCAGAGGAAUAUAAAUUGGAUAAAGAAACCUUUCUAUGUAAAAGUAAGAAAAAUUAUGGACUUAUUAUAGCCCUACCAGUGGUUUUAGUAUUUCUGUUAAUUCUUUUAAUAAUUUCGAUUAUUGUGGUUAUUUUAGUGAUCAUCAGAAAGCACCAAGAAGUUGUAAAAAUGCGAAACAUUUGUGUCUUUCCAAUGAAAAAGUCAAAUGUUAAAAUGGUCACGUUAGAAGGUACUGUUUUAUCAAACAAAAGUUGUUUGACAUUUUCAGAAGAUAGUGAAUUACUCCCUGUGGACGAGGAAAGUCGAGAACUCGUCUGCAUUGGCAACAAAAGCAAAGGAAUUUUAAAAGUGCAACUCACAACACGUUUUGGGUGUGAUAAAUACACAAUACGAACAGUGCCACAAUUGGUUACAUUAAAGAGAGGAGAGGCGUGUGAGUUUGAAGUGUUUAUUAUACCUCUUUGCACAAUGAAAAUGACAGACGAAAUAAAAAUAGUGACAUUAGACUUAAAAAAAGGAGAGACGAAAACAGUCUCUUUAAAAAUCACACUUACAACUGAAAAUUCUACUAAAUUGGAUUAUGACGAGUUGAUAACAGAGAAGAAAUUGGGCGAAGGUUCGUUUGGUAUAGUGUAUAAGGGUUCGUUUAGAGGCAACAUCGUUGCAAUCAAAAAGAUGAAAAGUUUAGAAGGUGGUGAUGCGGAAGAACAAAUGAAACAAUUUUCAAAUGAAGUGUCAAUGUUAAACAAAUUUAGGAGUGAAUAUAUCGUCCACUUUUAUGGUGCUGUUUUUAUUCCAAACCGAGUAUGUAUGGUCACCGAAUUUGCACAAUAUGGAAGUUUACAGGACUUGAUCAAUCGAACCAAAAUCAAUGGAAUGCCUCGAUUUAGUGUCAGAGUCAAAAUCAUGAUGGACCUUGCAAAUGGUAUUUCAUAUUUACAAGCAAAUGGUAUUCUACAUAGAGACAUCAAGCCAGAUAACGUAUUGGUAUUCUCGUUGGAUGUCGACGAGAAAGUGAAUGGAAAAUUGACUGAUUUUGGAUCAUCAAGAAACAUCAAUUUGAUGAUGACCAACAUGACAUUCACAAAAGGUAUUGGAACACCAGUGUAUAUGGCGCCCGAGGUGUUAAACCAAGAAAAAUAUACAAAGGGAGCUGAUGUGUUUUCAUUUGGAGUAACUAUGUAUGAAACAUUUGGGUGGUCUGAAGCGUAUAAUAAAAUACAAUUUAAAUUUCCAUGGAAAAUAGCAGAGUUUGUUAUUAAUAGAAACCGAUUGCCAAAGAAAGAAAUGAUGAGCGACAAACAGUACGAAUUGAUUGAUAAAUGUUGGAAACAUGAAAAUAAAGAAAGACCAACAAUAAAUGAAGUUAUAGAAGAACUGAAGAAAAUUAAGUUUUAA